AACAAGCUCGCUCUUUUCUCUCAUCCCCCCUGCCGCCGAUUCCCGUCUUCUCAUCCCUUAGAGACGACAUCGGAUCGUACUUCACCUCUUUUCACCCUGACGUCUCCAACGCGCCGCCUUCUUCAGCUCGCCCACUCAUUCAACAUGCCUCCAACCGGAAAGAUCUACGACUACCUCGUCAUCGGAGGUGGCAGUGGAGGACUUGCCUCUGCCCGUCGCGCAGCAUCCUAUGGUGCCAAGGUCGGUCUGAUCGAGGGCAGUGGUCGUCUCGGAGGCACCUGUGUCAAUGUCGGAUGCGUUCCCAAGAAGGUCAUGUGGAAUACUGCUUCCAUUGCCGAGGCUAUCCGUGAUGCAAAGGAGUAUGGUUUCCCCGAUGCUGCGCCCACCAAGUUUGACUGGUAUACCCUCAAGAACAAGAGAGAUGCCUACAUCAAGCGUCUCAAUGGCAUUUAUGAGCGCAACUUGGAGAAGGAUCAGGUCGAAUAUAUCACUGGCAUGGCCUCCUUUGUCUCCAAGAACAGUGUCACUCUCGGUAACGGCGAAGAGAUCCACGCCAAGAAGAUUCUUAUUGCUGUCGGUGGUCGCCCUAUGAUCCCCAAGCUUCCUGGCGCUGAAUUGGGAAUUGACAGCGAUGGUUUCUUUGACUUGGAGCACCAGCCCAAGCGUGUCGCCGUUGUAGGAACUGGCUACAUCGGUAUCGAGCUCGCUGGUAUUUUCCACUCCCUCGGCUCCCAGGUCAGCAUCUUCUCGAGAACUCAGGAAAUUCUUCGCCCCUUCGACCACAUUAUCAAGGACACGCUGAAGAAGGAGAUGCUCAGCGUUGGUAUUGAGAUUAUCACCAACAGCCAUGUCAAGGCUUUGGCUAAGGCUUCGGACAAUUCUAUUAGUCUCAGCUAUGAAGCCGAUGGAAAGGAGGGCUCGGCCGAGUACGAUACUGUCCUCUGGGCCAUCGGACGUGAGCCCUUGUUGGAGAAGCUCGCUAUUGACAAGGCCGGCGUCACCGUCAACAAGAAGGGGUACAUCGUCGUUAAUGACUAUCAGGAGACCGCUAUUCCUGAGGUCUACGCCCUCGGAGAUGUUUGUGGUAUCGAGCAAUUGACCCCAGUUGCUAUUGCUGCUGGCCGUCGUCUGUCAGAUCGUCUGUUCGGACCUGCGCAGUUCAAGGACUCAAAACUCGAUUACAGGAACGUCCCUUCAGUCAUCUUCUCACACCCCACUGCUGGAGCCGUUGGCUUGACAGAGGACCAGGCCAAGAAGGAGUACGGUGCUGAGAACUUGAAUGUCUACGUGUCCGAGUUCUCAGGCAUGUACAACGCCAUGAAGACGCACAAGACCCCCUCGGCCUUCAAGCUGAUCUGCGCUGGUCCCGAGGAGAAGGUUGUGGGUAUUCACCUGGUUGGUCUAGGAAGUGACGAGAUGUUGCAGGGGUUUGCGGUCGCGCUCAGGAUGGGCGCCACCAAGGCGGACUUUGACAGCACUGUCGCGCUCCACCCUACCAGUGCGGAAGAGUUGGUGACCCUGACCAAGGGCAACCUCAAGAAGAUCUCACCAUAAAUGUUGCACACGUCUUGUCUAUAAUAAAUUGAGCAUUUUUUUCAUUUGCGAGUGAUCGAUUUCAAUCGACUAAG